AUGACGCUUCGCACAUUUCCAUCGCUUCUUGGUCAUUGGGAACCUUUUGGCACUUAUCCGGCGCAUGCCACUGAUAGCUACCAGUAUCUAUCUAUCUAUCUAUCUAUCUAUCUAUCUAUCUAUCUAUCUAUCUAUCUCAGUCUGGAUCUAUCUAUCAUUCUCUGUCUGGUCUUAUCUAUCUAUCUAUCUAUCUUAAUCCUUCCUAAAUUAUAUAUUGGUCCAAUCUAUCUAUCUAUCUAUCUAUCUAUCUAUCUAUCUAUCUAUCUAUCUAUCUCACUCUUUAUUUUCUCUUUGCUCUGUUCCUUUCUUUCUUUAGAUAUUUCUUUAUCAUUUAUUCCUUUCUGUGUAUUUCUUUGGUUAUUAUUUCUAAUUGUCUUUAUUCUUUUACAUUCAUUCUUUCGUUUAUUCCUUUCUUUAGUUUUUCUUUCUUUAUUACUUCCUUCGUGUAUUAAUUCUUCCCUUUUUUAUCCUAUCUUUUGUUUAAUUAAUUCUACGUUUAUUCGGAGGUUUCUUAUUUCUUUCUCUAGUUCUUUCUUUACUCCAUCGUGCCUUUGUUUAUUAAUUUGUCAACUUCUCGACUCUUUCUUUAAUACUUUGUCAAUUUCUCGACCCUUUCUUUAUUACUAUGUCAAUUUCUCGUGCCUCUGUUUAUUACUUGGUCAAUUUGUCUUCCCUUUGUUUAUUACUUUGUCAAUUUCUCGACCCUUUGUUUAUUACUUUGUCAAUUUCUUGUCGCUUUCUUUAUUAGUUUGUCAAUUUCUCGACCCUUUCUUUAUUACUUUGUCAAUUUCUCGUGCCUCUGUUUAUUACUUGGUCAAUUUGUCUUCCCUUAGUUUAUUACUUUGUCAAUUUCUCGACCCUUUGUUUAUUACUUUGUCAAUUUCUCGACCCUUUGUUUAUUACUUUGUCAAUUUCUUGUCUUUGUCAAUUUCUCGACCCUUUGUUUAUUACUUUGUCAAUUUCUCGACCCUUUGUUUAUUACUUUGUCAAUUUCUUGUCGCUUUCUUUAUUAGUUUGUCAAUUUCUCGACACUUUGUUUAUUACUUUGUCAAUUUCUUGUCGCUUUCUUUAUUAGUUUGUCAAUUUCUCGACCCUUUCUUUAUUACUUUGUCAAUUUCUCGACCCUUUCUUUAUUACUUUGUCAAUUUCUCGACCCUUUGUUUAUUACUUUGUCAAUUUCUCUUUGUCAAUUUCUCGACCCUUUGUUUAUUACUUUGUCAAUUUCUUGUCGCUUUCUUUAUUAGUUUGUCAAUUUCUCGACCCUUUCUUUAUUACUUUGUCAAUUUCUCGUGCCUCCGUUUACUACUUGAUCAAUUUGUCUUUUCUUUGUUUAUUACUUUGUCAAUUUCUCGACCCUUUGUUUAUUACUUUGUCAAUUUCUCGACCCUUUGUUUAUUACUUUGUCAAUUUCUCGACCCUUUUUUGUCAAUUUCUCGACCCUUUCUUUAUUACUUUGUCAAUUUCUCGACCCUUUCUUUAUUACUUUGUCAAUUUCUCGUGCCUCUGUUUAUUACUUGGUCAAUUUGUCUUCCCUUUGUUUAUUACUUUGUCAAUUUCUUGUCGCUUUCUUUAUUAGUUUGUCAAUUUCUCGACCCUUUCUUUAUUUCUUUGUCAAUUUCUCGUGCCUCUGUUUAUUACUUGACACGGUUCUCUUCUUGGCGACCAAACUCCCUUCUUUCAUCACUUAUUUUCCUCCCGUCCGCCUGGAAAUUACGCCUUUCUUUUACGGCCGCUAGAAGGCAUUUUUCUUUUCUCUCUUGUGUAGACACGGUUCUCUUCUUGGCAACCAAACUCCCUUCUUUCAUCACUUAUUUUCCUCCCGUCCGCCUGGAAAUUACGCCUUUCUUUUACGGAUCGACCAGUCUCUAUUCCCACACUGGUUCUUCCUAUCUAUCUAUCUAUCUAUCUAUCUAUCUAUCUAUCUAUCUAUCUAUCUACAUAGAUAAAUAG